AGCGAAGAAGGGGUUGGAGGUUGAAGGACAGAAAUCACACGAAGAAGAAAGCGAUACACAACAAACUGUUAUAGUGUGGAGUGUUUCUGUGCCUUGGAUCUUAUUUUCGGAACUAUCGCAUUGCUUCUUCUAAAAGGUCAUCAUGCCCGUAAUUUGUGCGGCACCAGCGUGUAACAAUAAGUUUGUAAAGGGAUCGGAAAUCAGGUUUUACAGGUUCCCUCUAAGCAAACCUCAACUUGCUACCAAAUGGGUGCAGAGCCUGGGGAUGAAAAACUUCAGCCCCACUGCCAACACUUGCCUCUGCUCUGAGCAUUUCAGGACAGACUGCUUCAGGGACUACAAUGGCAAGCAGUUCCUGAGAGAGGACGCAGUGCCCACGAUAUUUGCCCCGGGGCAAGACUCUUCAAAGAUUGAACUGCGUAAAAGAGGAGUGGUGCCAAAGGAGACCAGUGUGGCAAAUCAGAUGGGGACACAAGCAGACAAAGACAAAGCGAGGGAGGCUUUGAUGCGCAGAGAGAAAAGAGGAGGAUUCAGGGGAGGACGGGGAUCUCGUGGAAAACAGCCGAAUGACAGGCAGAGCGUCGCGGCCCGGAACAAAGUCUACAACAGCAAAGGCCAGCUGAUCUCCAACGGAAAAGACUUGUGCGACUGUCUGGAUGUGGACUGCUUGGGCUGCUUCUACCCCUGCCCGGAAUGCGGAUCGCGGAAGUGCGGGGUCGAAUGUCGCUGUGACAGGAAGUGGCUUUACGAGCAGGUGGAGGUGGAGGGUGGAGAAAUCAUCCGGAACCAAUAUACAGUAUAAAUGACACCAGAGUGGGUUUCUGGGACGUGAAGGUUUCCUAGGGUUACUAAAGAGUAUGGCUGUUUGUGAUAAAGUAUUCCUCCAUUCACUGUUGUUUAAAGUUUUUUUUAUUCAUGUUAGCGUGUGUUAAUAAACGUUUACGUCAUU